AUGGCGGUGAAUCAGAGUCACACCGAGAACCGCCGCGGGGCCAUCAUCCCUUUUGGCGAAAGUAUCUUGGCUCAGUGUCAGGAUGUAGAGCUCUCCUUUCUACAGCAACCAGAGGGAUCCAGUCUCUUCAGUGGUACAAAGAAGGGAACACUGUUUCUCACUUCAUACCGGGUGAUCUUCGUGACCUCACACACAGUCAAUGACUCCAUGUUUUCUUUUAUGAUGCCAUUUGAUCUAAUGAGUAACUGCACCAUCGAACAACCAGUCUUUACCUCCAACUUCAUUAAAGGAAUCAUUCAGGCAGCUCCAGAUGGUGGCUGGGAUGGACAGGCUACUUUUAAAUUAGCCUUCAGAAAAGGAGGUGCCAUCGAAUUUGCCCAGUUGAUGAUGAAAGCUGCCUCUGCUGCUGCCAGAGGAGUUCCACUUGGAAGUGUAAAUUACUGGUUCAGCACUCCAGGACUGUAUGUAGUUACUGGGCAGGGGGGCAUGAUGUGCUCCCAACAGAUGCCUUGUCCAGCAUACCCAUUUGUUGUCUAUGGAGCCCCACACGCAGGAUACGGAACCCCACAAGUGGGAUACGGACACCUGCAGGCGGGAUACGUACCCUCACAGGCGGGAUACAGACUCUCACCAGGGGUGUAUGGAACCCCACAGGUGGGAUACGGACCCCCACACGCAGGAUAUGGGUCCCCACCUGUGGGAUACAGACCCCCACCUGGGGUAUAUGGAACCCCCCCUGUAGGAUACGGACCCCUACCAGCUGGAAAUGAAGCUUCACCCGCUGCAAAUGAAACCCCACCUGCUGCAAAUGAAGCCCCGCCUCCAGGAUAUGAAGUUCCACCUGCUGGAAAUGGAGCUGGGUCUAGCAGAUUUAUGGCAGCCCAGCCUGCUGGAUAUGAGCCUUUUCUCCCCGCUGCUUCGUCUUCUGUGGCCCAGCCACCAUCUUUCAGGAAAUAA